AUGAGUCUUUUUCUUGGUCAGUUUCUCUCCAUCUUGUUCUGUGUUAUAGUUCUGUCUCACUUCUCCCCAAUAUGCAUUGCAGAGUCAGAAGCUAAGCCAGCAAUUGGAUAUGGUUACACAAUCCGAUCGGUUGGCAUAGAUUCUGCUGGAAAAUCAUUGACUGCAAAUCUUCAGCUCAUUAAGAAUUCCUCAGUUUUUGGGCCAGAUAUUCAGAAUCUCCACCUCCUAGCCAGCUUUGAAACAAGUGAUCGUCUGAGAAUCCGAAUAAUCGAUGCGAACCACCAAAGAUGGGAAGUCCCUCAGCACAUCCUCCCUCGCCUACCACCACCUGUAAACCACCAAUCGCAACAAGAAAACCACCAACCACCACCGGAAAACAAAUCUCUUUCACAUCCCAAUUCAGACCUCAUUUUCACCCUCCAUAACACCACCCCAUUUGGCUUCGCCAUCACCCGCCGCUCCUCCGGCGACCCCCUCUUCAACACUUCGCCGGAAUCCUCAGAUCCCAACACAUUUCUCAUCUUCAAAGACCAAUACCUCCAACUAUCCUCCUCAUUACCACUCAACAGAUCCUCCCUCUACGGUUUAGGAGAGCACACUAAGAAGUCCUUCAAGCUGACCUAUCCUCAAACACUAACCCUGUGGAAUGCCGAUAUUGGAAGUGCCAAUCUAGACGUCAAUCUAUAUGGGUCCCACCCAUUUUACGUUGACGUCAGGUCGCCGGAUUCUGAGGGUAGUGUGCCCGCAGGGACCACCCACGGUGUUUUGUUGCUCAACAGUAAUGGCAUGGACAUUGUGUACACUGGUGAUAGAAUCACUUAUAAGGUGAUUGGUGGUAUUCUUGAUUUAUAUUUCUUUACUGGGCCUUCUCCAAAGAUGGUUAUGGAUCAAUAUACAGAGCUCAUUGGUCGGCCUGCUCCUAUGCCAUACUGGUCUUUUGGUGAGUACUUAAUUUCUUUAUUUAUUGAUUGACUAGCUAAUAUAGUGGCCGAAGGCACUCUAUUAUAAAUCACAUGUAAAAAAAAAAAAUUUCUGGAUUGCUUAAAUCAACUAAGGAUAAUAAAUUAGACAAUAAUUUAAUGGAAGCUAAAGGUAAUAAGGAGGAAAAAAAGGACUAACCUGGCAUAUUCAAGAAACCAUUAAUGGCAAAUUUUGUAGAGAAUUGGUGCACUUAUUCCGGCUGGGAUUCAAUUGAAUGCCAACUGUUUUCACUCCUCUCUUUUUCUUUUUUAUUUUUAAAAUAGACCUUGACUUUGCGAGGGAAGUUAUAUUCAAAAUUCCAAAUUUAAAA